AUGACAACAACCAACACAUAUGUUACGAUUCAGUUAAUCAAUCGAUUCUCUGUUUUGUUGGUGAAGAGGAAGGUUCAAAGUAUGUUUUGCGUGAUGGGGUUAGAUGUAAUCAAAUCGGGAUGUGGCAAGGAGAAUGUUGAUCCAAAUUUUAUCAAAUCUGAACUAGCAGCGAUGGAUAAAAUUAUCGAUGGUGGUAAGAACGUUGAAAUUCAGAAUACUUUUCAAAUUUAUGGAAAUAAUAAUACAAUCAAUGAUUUGGUAGAAGAAAAGGGAUUCGUUUUGAUACAAGCUACUUCUGAUAUGGUUAAAGGGUUCAAUUCUUCCCAAUCCAUGGCUGACAGUUCGCAACCUUCGUCGCCUCCUUCUUUGAAUGCUGGAAUCCAUGCUAAGGGUAUUUUGGGUAAAAUUCCUGGUACGUCCCCUGUUCAUGAAACAUCUCAUGUUACGAUUAUUAUUCCUAUGAAGAUUGUGAAGCAUUCUGGUAGUGGUAAUGAUGAAGUAAUGAAUGAGGAUUCAAAUGAUGAUGUGAAGAUGGGAUCAGAUACUGGGACUGAUUUGAAAAUGAAACAGGGAGUUAGUUUUUUGGAUCUUAAAUGGGAUAAUGAGCCGAUGAUUGUUGAUAAUGAUUCCAAAUCAAAAUCAUCCCAGUGGUUACUAUUGUCAAUGAUGUUAGCAAAAAGUCUUAUGCUCGAAUUGUUGAAGCUUCUAGCUCCGUGGUUGAUCUUAACAUCAAAGUUAUUCCUAAAGUUGAUGGGAAACCAAAUGGUAAAGCUGAGCUAG